AACCGGAAGUUGGUAUAUUUUACUUCGAAGACGUGUUUCGCUUUAUUUUUUCACAGAAAACUUUUAGUAAAGCAUGGAGGAGUCUUUAGACAAACAAUUGGAUGAUACUAUGAAUGUUCAUGGUGUCGUUGGAGUAUUAGCUGCUGACCACCAAGGCCUUUGUCUGGCAUCCAAAGGUAAUGCUCAAGUAAGUGGUGCUGGCCUAAUGUCAUCCUUGGCUGAAGCUGGCAAACAGUUAUCCAGUGAUGAGCAGAAAUGUCCUGUUGUAUGCCUUGAAUCUGAUACAUGUAAUAUUUUGAUCAAGUCGCAUGAUAAUGUUACAAUGGCAAUAUACAAAGUAGCAUCAUGAUGCCCAUACAGAUGACGUCCCUUGCUGUGAAUCAUAUUUAUAUAUCAUCCUAUAUAUAAUCAUUUUAUCAUCAUCACCAACAUUCUUCGAUAUCAUUCUCGAUGUUUGAGUUUUUUCAUAGUAACUCAAAUCAAAUAAAAUUUCCUCUGGAUGAAAAGCUUUGAAAGAAGGAAAAGGCAUUCAAAGAUGUGAAAUAUAUUCAAAAUUCAGAACGAUAACUUGAUUCAAAUAUAAAUACAUUACAACCUGACUUUACAAAUGUAAUUUUUGUUUACUAUUCAUAUUGCACCAUAUUGUUAAUCAUUUGAAUAAACUUUGUCAUGAUUGUAA